CCCCACUUCUGGCCUACCACGAGAUCCCUGGUUUGAUCUGCUCUGGUUAUUCACCUUUCUCGACGCUCCUACGCCUUCGCGACCCUCUUCCGACCCCUUUACACCACUUCCUACGACCACCACUUUCCUGCCCUUCUAAACCGAAUCCUUCCGCGGGCGUUGGGCGACCUGCGGCCAAUCAGAGAUGAGUUUGAAGGGCUUUCAGAAGAGCAUUGUCCGCGCUCCACAACAGUUCAAGGCCAAGUUCAAUAUUGGCGAGCAUACCAAGGACCCUGUCUACCUGGACGCUGAGCGACGGUUUCAAGAACUCGAAAAGGAGACCAAGAAGCUGCACGAUGAGUCCAAGAAGUACUUCGAUGCCAUCAACGGCAUGUUGAACCACCAGAUUGGAUUCUCCAAAGCGAUGACGGAACUCUACAAACCCAUCUCCGGUCGUGCUUCCGACCCUAGCUCCUAUACAAUCGAGGGUAAUCCGGAGGGUAUCCGGGCAUGUGAGGAAUACGAGGCGAUUGUGCGGGACCUCCAAGAAUCGCUGGUGCCCGAGUUAGAGAUGAUCGACACCCGCGUCAUCAGCCCUGCACAGCAGCUAUUGGAGGUAAUCAAGGUGAUCCGCAAAGUCGCGGUGAAGCGAGACCACAAGAAACUGGACUAUGACCGCCACAAGAACUCGCUCAAGAAGCUUCAGGAUAAAAAGGACAAGUCACUGAAGGAUGAGAAGGCGCUUUACAAGGCAGAAAAUGAUGUGGAACAAGCGACUCAGGACUACAACUACUACAACGACCUGCUCAAGGACGAGUUGCCCAAGCUGUUCGCUCUGGAGGCUGAAUUCAUCCGUCCUCUGUUCCAGUCCUUCUACUACAUGCAACUGAACGUCUUCUACACACUACACGAGCGAAUGCAGGGCAUCAAUAUCGGUUACUUCGACCUGAAUCUGGACAUCGAGGAAGCGUUCGAGAACAAGCGCGGAGACGUCAAGGAGCGCGCCGAGGAGCUCAGCAUCGUCCACUUCAAAGCCACGGGCGGGCGCAAACCCGGCUCGAAGCUUGGCCCCAAGGACAAACUGGCGCAAGAGGGCAAGAGUGGUUACGCCUCACGUCAGCGAGAUCCCGAUGUUGUCGAAAACCCCCCGCCGCCUUACUCUGCCACUGCAGGCAGCAGCUUUACCGCCGCAGCGAAGAGCAAGCCCGCCCCUCCGCCGCCGAAACCGAAGCCCGCUCGUUUCAGCGCUCCCGUCGAAACCGUCACGGCACUAUAUGACUAUGAGGCCCAGGCGCACGGCGAUCUCAGCUUCUCCGCCGGAGAUGUCAUCGAGAUCAUACAGCGAACGGAUAACCAGAAUGAGUGGUGGAGCGGCCGUGUUGACGGACGAGAGGGACAAUUUCCUGCUGAACUAGCAUUAUGCUAUAGCUAUAUAAUAUCCUUAUUCCUUGCUCGUCAAUGUCAUCACUGGUUAUCUGGAGUUUCGGAGUGCCAUUGUGUAUCACUUGACAAGUAGGAAUUGCCAGUCGUUUUUGAUUCUUGCCAUAGAGCGUUGCAUGAUGAUGACCGUUCGCUGUACAUAUUGAUAAUAUCGAGGUUGUUUAUUCCUACUGCAUAUUUGACCACU